UUACUCCAUUGUCCUUGGAGCAUAUCGAAUUCGUCUGCUUCAUUUUCAGCAGGAAACUAUUGCAUUUCAGUAUAAAGACAUCGCAUGCUUGAAGUGCAAUUAGUUUUGACAAGCGUUCUUGAAUGUAUAUGUAACUGAGCACUGAUUUAUGCGCGUAUGUGAAAGGGGAAAUUAACGAACACACUACUUUACGUUAAAAAGGUGACAUUCAGGGGUAGCUAUGGGUAGACGAAAGCGAUGUACUGUUACAGUGGAGGAAAAUACCACAGAGAAAAGGACAAAACUGAACUCUGAUGAGAAAACUAAGCCACCACUUGAAAAUCCAUUCGAAACACUUACGAACGCAACAGACAUCAACGUGCGUACAGAGGCAGACUCCAUGACCUGCCACGUGACCGCAAUGGCGAUGCUCGCACAUGGUACUCUGGUUGUCGUUGACAACGAAAACAACGCCAUCAAACUGAUCAGGGUUAGCGAAAAGCGAGUACUGAAUACCUUCAACACAGAAACAUCACCAUGGGACCUUGCGGUUCUGAGUUCAGAAGAAAUUGCCGUAACCCUUCCUAGAGAAAACAGCGUGCUGAUCUUAAAGGCGGACCCAAAACACCUGAUUUACCACGAAACCUUAAAAAUGGAUGCGCACUGCGAGAAAGACGAGUUUUGUGUUGGUGUAGCCAAGUAUCAAGACAAGUUGCUCGUGUCGUUCAACUCCUUCACUCGAAAAGCGAACAUUAAGCUGAUCAGCCGAGAAACGGGGGAGGUUCUGGAAGUAGUCCCGUUCAAAUGUGUUCAGUGUCUACCGCACGUUACCGUUGACGAGGAAGGCAGCAAAGUGUAUGUCUCCGACGCAACGUAUCAUAAAAUCCAUCUGAUGGAUAUGGUCGGUAAAGGCAAACAGAAAACUCUACAUAUUGUAAAAUCAACCGGCGAUAAUAUCGCCAAACGUCCGACUUGCGUUCUGCCGUUGAGUGACCGGAACUUGCUUGUGUGUAGCAAUGGUUCAAAUCAGAUGCUUCUCGUCUCGGAUUCUCUUGACCAAACCGACGUCGUAAAAGACGAGCCUGAACUGUUUUGGCCGAGGGUGGCGUGCUAUGAUGACUACGGUCAUCGUAUAUUUGUAAGUCACGGUCUGAACCAGUUUUGUCAGUUUAGAGAUAGCAUCAAAUGCUACUCCAAAGAAAUAUAAGGUUAAACUCAUUGCAUUGUGGCUGUGCUUUUAGUUUUUUUUUAUUAUCUACAAUGUUUAUUUCUUAUAAAAAAAAUCAUAUAAAAUAUAAAAUAUAAUUCAGGACAAAAGUUUUGCACAACCUUUCAAUAUUAAAAUUCUUGGUACCAAGGGGACAUCAAAACAUGAAUUAUGUAUGUUUGUGUAAGUAAAUCUUUUGAACCAGUCCAAUGCACACACGUUACGGUUGAUUAAUCAUGGGCACCUUCAAUUUGUAUUCAUAUUUAUAAAGUUAUGAUUCACGCAGAACAAGCCGCAAUUUGUUCAAUACGAUUCUAUUUUGUAAACGUGUUUAAUGGAUUACGUAAAACGUAAAACGAACGUAUGUUGACAAUUUGACAGUUCUAAGCCGAAGUUAGAGCUGUUCAAAUCCACACACAUUACAGAGCAGGUAUAUGAUGGUAAUAUGGCAAGGUUGGAAACAUUUUGAUGGAUUAUGUUCAAAACAUUGACCUAUGACCACAUUCCCGAUCUGGGCUGGUAUUCAAUAUUGGUCUUAAUUGGAUCUAAGAACGAUGUAGCUAAGCGGAUUAAUAACUGACCAAUACAGUGAAUGAAGUCAAUGAUGUAUGACCAUAAUAUUAAUUUAAGUUGAAUAUUGAAUACCACCCAGCACGUACACAUUGAGCAGACAGUGCUAUAAAUAGUAAGAUUAAUUGUGCGAAUACGUUUAAAUGUUACUUGAACUUCGGCUUAUUGUAUCUAUCAUAAGUUAUAUUGAAUUAGUUUAAAAACAAACCGUGCAGAACUUUUGUCCUUUAAUAUACACAUCAAUAUUUUGAACAACCUUGGACUGAGAGUGGAUAAAAGUUAAUUAAUGAGCAGUUUUGCACCAGAAACUAUUCCUUAUCACGGAGCACUUUUGCGAUUGAAUGCAAAUGCUUUUUUACAUCCUUUUGGUAAUAGUUGCUUAGCUCGCAAACAUAGCUAAACAUGUAAUGAACGCAAGGGCGGAUCCAGGAGGGGGUGUAAGUUGGGGCGCAACUGCGUUUGACCCCUUCUCCAUUGAAAACGAAAAACAUGGGGGUUAAAUGUGAUGAGGAUAGUUUGGGGUCUUCCCCACGAUACAAAUGUUUCAUUAUUCUAAUAAAAUGCUGUAUUGUGUGGUUUUCAA